GAAGACCCUUCGGCGCGGACACGCACCCCCUGAACAUGCUCUUCAAGGCGGGGACGUGAGCUUCGACCAUGCAGGUUGGAGGGCACAGCGACGUCUGGAGAGCGAGCCUGGUGAUCCUGAUCGGAAGCUGGAUAGGAAGGGUCGGUCCCAGACCGGCCGAAGGGGAGAUCGCCUCUCCAGGGUCGACCAGAGAGAGACUGGAGACGGUGCGCCAGGUGCUGGCGGAGGUGCCGCUCAUCGACGGGCACAAUGACCUCCCCUGGAACAUCAGGAACUUCGUUCACAACCAGCUGGCAGACUUCGACUUCGACAAGGACCUGCGCCAGGUCGCGCCCUGGAGCAAGAGCGCUUGGAGUCAGACCGACCUGCUCAGGUUGCGCGAGGGCAUGGUCGGCGGCCAGUUCUGGGCCGCCUACGUGCCGUGCGAGUCGCAGCAUCUCAACGCGGUCCAGCUGACUCUGGAGCAGGUGGACCUUAUCAAGAGGCUCAUAGAGAAGUAUUCGCAGCACAUGCAGUUCGCCGCGUCCUCCAGAGAGAUCCUGGAGGCCCACGGGAGGGGUAGGAUAGCUUCUUUAAUUGGAGUCGAGGGUGGCCAUAGCCUGGGGAGUAGUCUAGCCGUCCUGAGGACGCUUUACCAAUUAGGGGUGCGCUACUUGACGCUCACUCACACCUGCAACACCCCCUGGGCGAAAAGCUCCUCCGUGGAGCAGGAUCGCGACGACGCCGGGGGAGGUCUGACAGGCUUCGGCAAGGCGGUGGUCCGUGAGAUGAACAGGCUAGGGAUGCUGAUCGACCUGAGCCACACAGCCAGGGCGACCAUGAGGGACGCUUUGAGGGCCAGCAAAGCGCCCCUCAUCUUCUCCCACUCGUCGGCCUUCGCCAUUUGCAACUCCUCGAGGAACGUCCCGGACGACAUCCUGAAACAGCUGGCUGCCAACGGGGGCCUGGUAAUGGUCACCUUCUACAAUUAUUUCGUGAAAUGCGGCCCGCAAGCGACCGUGUCCGACGUGGCCGAGCACAUCUACUACAUCAGGAACCUGAUCGGCGUGGACCACAUCGGGGUCGGUGGCGACUUCGACGGCAUCAAUAAGACACCCAGGGGGCUCGAAGACGUCUCGAGGUACCCGGAAUUGUUCGCCGAGCUCCUUCGCAGCGGCAAGUGGGACGUCCUCGAUCUGAAGAAAGUAGCCGGUCUGAACCUUCUCCGAGUCCUCAGGCAGGUGGAGAGGGUACGGGACGACAUGCGAACGGCCGGAGUGAAACCGUCCGAGGAGUUCCUGGACUCGCCGGAUACCACCGGAAGCUGUGCCCUUGACAUCAACUCCGUGCACAGGCUGAUGGAGGUCUGA